GCAUGUGAGAGGGAGGUGUGUGUGUUUUGUGUGUGAGAGGAGAGUGAGCGGACUGGGAGGGAGGGAGGCAGCCCCGCCGCACCCGCGCAUCCCCGUGCCGCGGAGAGCAGAGACUUACCGGGUCACCCUGGUCUCUGAAGGUCAAGCUCAGGUUGGUUUCUUGAUCGCAGUUGUCCUCCGGGCUCUUUCGGCUAGAUUCUUCUCUCGCUUUCUUUUUUUUUUCUUCUUUUUUCCUCUUUUCUUUCCUUCCCUUCCCCUGCUCGGCCGCAGUGGCGGCGGCUGCCGCCCGGCGGGGCUCUCGCUGCCGCUCCCGGCCCCGCGGGGUGAAUCCCGGCUCCUAAACCCUGUCCCCGCGGCGCCGCUCAGAUCCCAUGGUCGCAAUCCACAUCGCGGCAGAUGUACCACAGAAUCACGUAGAGGAUCAGCAGGAUGGCGAAGAUGAACAAAGCCACCAGGAUAGCCUUGGUCACCGGAGAGAUGAGGGACUGCAUGUCACCCGCGGACCGCCGCCGAGGACAGACGACUCGGGAACUGCACGGGGGCAGCGAGCGCGGACGGAUCCCGCGGCCCCGCCGCCGCCCCCGCCACCGCCGCCGCCGCCAGCGACCCGGCGGGCAACGGCGGCUGGCGCCGAUCCGGUGGCGGAGAGACGGGGGCUGCCUCCCUCAGCGCCCCCGCUGCGGCGCUCGGGCGGGCGCGGCGGGUCCCCGGCGGGCGGGACGGGGCGGUGCGCACGGACAGGUCGGCGCGGCGGGGCGCCCGGCCAUGGGCACCGCGGCCCCGCCGCGGCUUCAAGCCCGCCCUGCGGCGGCGGCGGAGGGGGGCCGGGCGCCGGCAAACUUAAGCGCGGGGGCGGCCCAUGGGGGACAGGUGUCAAGCGCCCGGUUGCCUUGCGGGUCUCCAACGAAAGCCAUCCACGGGGGAGGGAAAGUUGCGGGCGGGAUGCGGCGGGCGCCGCCGCCCCCGGCCCCGAGGGGAGCGUGCGGGGCGAUGGGGAGCCGCCGGCAGCGCGAGCAGCCCGGCCGCGGCAGACUGGGACCGCGCCGGCCGGCGUGUUCCGCCCAGCCGAGGUGUUCCCUCCCCUCCCGCCGCUCGCCCCCUCCUCCUCCUCCGCCACCGCCUCCUGCGGUCCCCCCGCCUCCCGCCGCCGCGCCGUGGGUGAGCCCCGUCCCCCGGUGCGUGCUGUGGUUGUAACUGCGGAGGGGUGCGAGGAAACGGGGUUUCCUUUCCCCGUCCACCCCCUCCGCCAGCAGUUGGCAUGUUCAGCAUCCUCAUUGCCCAGCGGAGACCGACCGGGGGCGGGGGCUGGCGGCGGGGAGGACGGCUUGUCGCCGUCUUCUAAGCGGAAAGGUCACCCUUCCCCACCUCCGAUUAAAUUAAAGGACUUUUUUUUUUUCCAGGCAGGUAGGCAUGGGUCACAACCUGACAGGUUUUCCCCCGUGGCUCCGUGGUCUUUGGUAUAUGCACCAAAGGCGCCUCAGGACAAAUAGAGCGAGGACAGGAAGAUGGAAAUCGGAUCAAAGACCAUCGCCUGGCAUCCUCGACCCCAGCAGCAGCUCCGGUGCAGCUUUCAACUCACCUCAGAGUUCUGUAGUGCCAGAAGUGCCCGUACAGCCACACAUCCCGUGCACGCCAACCUUGGCACUCAGCGCUUGAAGUGUGUCCAGACACCUGCCUGCCGGCCCAGCACAGUUGGCCGGCUCCAGGCUUCCUGGCAAGGAACCAGGUGCCCCAAGUCCACCCCUGCGCUGGGAGGCAACCAGAGAUGCAGGCACCCUUCCCUUAGGUGACCCAAGCAGGUGGCCGGCAAGAGCACCCUCAGUGAUACACAGACUGCUCAUACGGCAUCAGCAGCUUCUGGUGCAAUGCAAGGAGUUAUCACAUUGGAUUUCUAGCGGGGGCAGAGCCAGGUCUUCACAGAAGGUGCUCACUGGAUUUCGGUUCUGGGUGCAACCAUAACAAUAAUACAGAAACACUGAAGAAAAUCAUGGAACCAUGUAAGAUAGGGCUGAAAGAAACCUUGAGACAUCAUCCACAGAGAAGGACAAGAGCAACUUUAUUGACAGGGAGACGGAAAGAUUAAAACUUCAAUAUAUAAAAAGUGGAUAAAUGAAGGAUAAUCAAAUUUGAGAGGAAGAAGAUAUCAGCGCCCUGUUAUUGGAUCUUAGGGAGAGGAACAUGUGAUUUGACAGAUAUGCUUCCCUGACGAGAAAAGUCAAGCUGCUUAGAGAAUGAAGAGAGUUAAAUCAAAUGGAAGAUGUAACAGGGUCAGCAAGAAAAGCAAAGCAACAUGAAUCCUUGAAAAUGCAAUGAGGAUGCUGUUUGUUGUGGAAUAUGCCUUCCCGAUACCUGGCAGACUAAGAACAUCUUACUCUUCAAAGUCUAAAUAUAGGCCAAAGGAUGCUAUGCUAGAAAGAGGGCUGUGGGUGCUGACAGGUGUCUAAAGAAAUAGAGAAAAAAAGCCAUCAGCAGACAGGCAGCUUCUCCUGGUGUAGAGAGAGAGCAGCUGAGUCAGAUGCUCUGUUUCAAGGUUGUAAUGAAUGACUGGAGGUCAGGUAAUGGGAAAUAUAUCUAGACACUUCUGGUGUUUUAAGUACCAUAUCAGUAUGCCAGGGCUUAUAUAGUAGUAGUAUUAUUGUAUUAAUAUUUUGCAAAUAUUGUACUAUAAGCCAUGGUAAACUGCCUCAAUUGAGCAAGAAAAGAAGUACUCUAAUAAAAUCCCUGCAUGGUUUGCUAGAAAAGGUAAGGAGGUCACACUAUUGCAAAUUUCAACUUAUGAAUUAAAUUACAUGAUUUUGCAGAUGUGUGAGAGGGAAUGGACUGUGGAAAAUUGUAGGCUUGCUGUGGGAAGAUGACUGGGCUAAAAUCAGAGAAAACUGCGAAGUUUUAUUCAAAUUCUAACAAAAGUUAUAGCAGUACAGAUAUUAUAAUGUUAAAUGCAAUUGUUACUUCCUGGUGGAAUGUGGAAAUAUUCCGUGAUUCUGUGAUUUCAGAGCAAAGCAAGAGAAUUUUUAUACCCAUCAGUAACAAAAGUGUGUAUGACUAGAAUCACUAAAGCUCCAACCAAAAUGUAAAGAAAUAGUAAAAAGUUAGGGGAGAAGUUAGGGAAGACUCCAUCACAACUUUUGGGAUCAGUUAACAAGUUGAACCUGUCUUCUCCAUGGGGAAGCCUAUUGGGUUAAGAACCUUACUCUGUGUGUUCUGAAUUAUUAUCUCAAGCUAGCUUUCCUUGGUGAUUAGAGCUUGUCUGUACAUUGCUUUAAAUUCGGUUUUGCAGUCAAUUACUAUCAACUGCAAUCUUCGAACCUUAACCUGUUACAAUUUUCUAUUAUCAGUGCGUUUAUUAAUAAAGUGUGUCACUCCAGACACUGCUUAGCAUAUGUCCUUCAAGGGUACCAGCAGUCAUACUUGAUAAAAGUGGGGAGACCCAGGAGGGGGUCCCUCUUUCUAAAUUGUAAUAAAGGAUUCAGCUCUGAUACAUCGUCUGCGUGUGUCCCUAAACAAGUUAGCCCAAGUGCCUUCCAAUAUAGCAGGCUGAUCAGUGGAGUCCCCAUGAUGGGAUGCUGUCAGACUAGUCGGGCAAAAGGGUCUUGGUUUUCCUGAGGUGUUGACAGACCAAACAAACACAAACGGUUUGAGGAAACCCCCCUUUCAUGUGACACUCACAUACUUCCCCUAAAGAAUAUAUCCUGCUGCCACUGCUGGAGUCAGAAUACUGGUUGGGGGGACCACUGAGGUGAUCCAGGAAGGGUGUUUCUUACAUCCCUGUUAAA